UAGCUAAAUUGUAUGAGUUCAUGUCAAGAUUCGGUCUUAUGCAUACUUUGGUUAGUGAUAACGGCACUUGUUUCUCGUCAAAUGAGUUCGCGCGUUUUUGUGCGGAAUGGGAUUUCCCAUAUAACUUCUCCCGCUUAUAACCCGGCCAGUAAUGGGCAGUCGGAAAGCUUCGUAAAGGUGGUAAAAAAAGGUAUACGAGCAUCAUUGCUAAGUAGUAGUGCAAAGGAAGUCGAUCAAAACUUAUUAAAAUACCUAUUCGACUAUAGAAACUCGGUUCACUCCACUACGGGCGUUUCGCCUGCCCAGUUGGUAUUCGGGCGGAAACUUCGUUCGCGCCUGGAUUUACUUGUACCUAAUGUACUUGCCGCCGCGCCGUCCUCACCGGACACUCUCACUGAGGUUGUAAAUUAUAAACAGUGUUUGCAGACUAAAGCAUAUGGUGGCACCAACAAGCAAUGUUUUAAGCCAGGUGAUAAAGUUCUGUUUAAAAAAUAUUUCAGUAACGGUAAAUUUACAUGGAAUAGAGGUGUAGUAAUGAAGAGAUUGGGUAAAACUGUAUAUAUUGUGAAAGACAGUGUAACUGCAUUGCAAUUUAAAAAACACAAAAAUCAAUUGAUAGCUUUUAGAGGGACAGCGACAAACAACAAUCUUAGUGGCACUAGAGACAUUGAUACUUCUAUUGAAUCGACAUCGGGUGACGAGAUUGACCUCUCUCCAUCUGAAUUAUGCGGUGAGGAACCUGAAAUAACUCGUCCAGUGUCAGCGGAGUCUUCACAGUCCCCCACUGUGGAGGGGAGUGGAACCACGCCGACAUCUACUGCGACGACUUUACCAGACCUGCAGACAUCGAAGGCAUCACCGCCGGCCGCGUCAGCUGAUGACGGGGGUCACGACGAGUUCUUCGAAGCACGAGAACAGAGCCACGACACAGAAGGUGUACAAGAUGCAGAGACUCAACUCGAAGCCGUAAGUCCGAGUCGAACGGCUGGACAAAUGUCGUUGCGUCCUAUCCCUAGGGUCGAUUAUAAACCGUUCUUUUGUCUUAUGUAAUUUAGGUGGUAGUUUCUUAAUUGUUUAAUCAACGAUGGAUUGUAAAACUAUUAGGGGGAGAUGUUGUAUAUGUAAUAUAUGUAUACAUGUAGCUAUAGCGGGUUCGGUGCCUCGACCCCUACUUAAGGUAACACUUCGCAUGAAUAUAACCAGUGUGAUUUCAACCGCCGUUAGUUUCACUUGUCCCCUGUCACAUACGGAACACUAUUGUAAACUAAUUCAGUAUUUUAGUGAGACAUCUAAUAUUAAAAAGCGGUGGUGGCCGAGUGGAUAUGACGUCCGACUUUCAAUCCGGAGGUCGUGGGUUCAAAUCCUGGCUUGUACCAAUGAGUUUUUCGGAACUUAUGUACGAAAUAUCAUUUGAUAUUUACCACUAGCUUUUCGGUGAAGGAAAACAUCGUGAGGAAACCUGCAUGCAUCUGCGAAGAAAUUCAAAGGUGUAUGUGAAGUCCCCAAUCCGCAUUGGGCUAGCGUGGGGACUAUAGCCCGAGCCCUCUCGCGCAUGAGAGGAGGCCUGUGCCCAGCAGUGGGACGUAUAUAGGCUGAAUUAUUAUUAUUAUUAUCUAAUAUUAUGAAACAAUUUGUAACUCAGAAGCAGACAAGUUAGUGUACAAUAUUAUGUAUGUACCUACAACUAAUCAGAUAGUGGAA